CUUAUAUCACACGUAACAGAAAAUAUCAGUACCUCCAGCCUCCUUGACGUGAAGAAACGCAUGACGUUGUCACGUGACAUGAUAUUGUAGCUGUGUCUAUGUUCCUGUUUGCAAACCCUGUUGUAGUACUUUUGCUUUGUCGCUGCAGUAUUUCGUAAAACGUGGUGUUGUAAAUAGUGGUAACAAUGGCUCGGAAUGCAGAGAAGGCUAUGACGGCCUUGGCGAGAUUUCGUCAAUCACAGCUUGAAGAUGGAAAAGUUAAGGAACGAAGACCAUUUCUUGCAUCUGAAUGUAAUGAGCUGCCAAAAGCAGAAAAAUGGAGAAGGCAGAUUAUUGGUGAAAUUUCCAAAAAAGUUGCACAGAUACAAAAUGCUGGGUUGGGUGAAUUUCGGAUAAGGGACUUGAAUGAUGAGAUCAACAAGCUUCUUCGGGAAAAAGGACACUGGGAAGUCCGUAUCAAGGAACUUGGUGGACCAGACUAUACUAAAAUUGGUCCCAAGAUGUUGGAUCAUGAGGGAAAGGAGGUGCCUGGAAACAAAGGCUACAAAUAUUUUGGUGCUGCUAGAGAUUUGCCUGGUGUGCGAGAGCUAUUUGAGAAAGAGCCAAUUCCACCUCCACGGAAGACAAGAGCUGAGCUAAUGAAGGAAAUUGAUGCAGAGUAUUAUGGCUACAGAGAUGAAGAUGAUGGUGUCCUUUUGCCUCUAGAACAAGAGCAUGAAAAAAAAGUCAUAACAGAAGCAGUGGAGAGAUGGAAGAAGGAGAAACUUUCAAGGCAUGAGAAAGGAGAAAAGGAAGAAGAUGAUGAUGAUGAUGAUGAUGAUGAAGUAAAUAUUUAUGCAGUUGAUGAUGAGUCAGAUGACGAAGGAGGAGAAGCUAUGGAGGAAGAGGAAGGCCAACAAAAGUUUAUUGCCCAUGUUCCUGUGCCAUCACAGAAAGAGAUUGAAGAAGCCAUUGUACGGCGAAAGAAAAUGGAACUGUUGCAGAAAUAUGCUAGUGAAACUUUGAUGGCACAAAGUGAAGAAGCCAAAACACUUCUCGGAUUAUAAUAUUACGUAAACAUUUUGCAGAUUUGGUCACCAGACAAGAAAAAUAUCAACCAAUUAAUACCAAUUGAGACUGCUCACUAGUUGCUUGUUUAAACUAAUUUAUGGCAGUUGUACAUUUCUGUGACUAUGUCACUACAUACAAAACAGGACAUACUUAUAAAAACUUUUUUUUUGAACAUGUAAGAAAGAGUUAUUCUGCUUCUGGCAUUUGUUGCCCUUUGAGUAUUAGUGUUAUGAAAUGCCACUGUAAAUAUGUUACAGAUUUUUACUUUGUAUAAAUAUGUCAUUUGCAGUAAAGUAUUUUGGUAAAAAAAUGUGACGCGUUUGUUGUGAAAUAUCAAAAAUAUAUAUUUGAAUGCGGACAGACAUUGUAGGAUUAAAUAUUUCAGAAACUGAA